CGAGGGGGUGCCAGAGGGCAGCAUCUCCACGGUCCCCGCUCGGAGGCUGCGUAGUGGGAGCUUGGGCCGUCCCAGGAAGAACUCCGGAAGACGUGGCCUAGGCCGAGAUCGAGGGGAGGAGCCUCCGCCAGGCCUACAGAAGUUUGAUUGACCUUACUCAUCUAAUGAGCCAAGGACAGUGACUAGAAAAUCACUGGUGCAGAAGAACAUGGAGGUCCCAGAGAGGGUCUGUCUUACAGCCUUCUGAAGAACUAACACUUCUGGGGCAUGUGGCCAAUGGACAAGAGUUAAAUUCCAGCUUUUUUGGGUGAGAUGAGCAUGUGUUCAGCCAUGGCCAACAGCAGGGUAGUGGGGUGGCAGAAGGUGCUAUAUGAGCGUCAGCCUUUCCCUGAUAACUAUGUGGAUCAGAGGUUCCUGGAAGAGCUCCGCAAGAAUGUCUCUGCCCGGAAAUACCAAUACUGGUCUGUGGUCUUUGAGUCUGGGGUGGUGAUACAGCAACUCUGUAGCGUCUGUGUCUUUUUGGUCAUCUGGUGGUAUAUGGAUGAAGGUCUGCUAGCUCCACAGUGGCUCUUCGGGACUGGAUUGGCUUCCUCCCUCGUUGGCUAUGUCUUGUUCGACCUCAUCGAUGGAGGGACUGGACGGAAGAAGAGUGGGCGCACAAGGUGGGCUGACCUCAAGAGUGCCCUGGUCUUUAUCACCUUCACUUAUGGCUUUUCCCCAGUGUUGAAGACACUGACGGAAUCUGUCAGCACUGACACCAUCUAUGCCAUGUCUGUCUUCAUGCUUUUGGGUCACUUGAUCUUCUUUGACUACGGUGCCAAUGCUGCUAUCGUGUCCAGUACCCUCUCCCUGAACAUGGCCAUCUUUGCCUCUGUCUGCCUGGCUUCCCGCCUACCUCGAUCCCUUCAUGCCUUCAUCAUGGUGACGUUCGCCAUCCAGAUCUUUGCCCUUUGGCCAAUGCUGCAGAAGAAACUGAAGGCCUGUACUCCAUGCAGCUACGUGGGGGUCACACUGCUCUUUGCUCUCUCUGCUCUGGUGGGGCUGCUGACCAUUAGUGGCGUGGGGGCCAUACUCUUUGCGCUGCUGCUACUCUCCAUCUCUUGCCUCUGUCCUUACUAUCUUAUCCGCCUGCAGCUUUUCAAAGAGAACAUUCACGGGCCUUGGGAUGAAGCUGAAAUCAAAGAAGACCUAUCCAGGUUCCUUACCUAGUCUAGGGAGUACAGGGAGCACCCACAUUUUAUUAUUAAAAGAUUAGUUGCCUCCCCCUUCCCUCCAACCAAAGCAGGAAGAAGGUCUCUCUUAGAAGGCUGCAGGUUGGAAGAUAUCUGUGAGAAGAAUGAAGUGGCCAUGGUUGGUGAUAAGCCCUAUCUCCCCGCCCGGCAGGGGGAGUUCUGGUAGCCUCUCCUCCAGACUCUGAGCCUUUCCUCUAAUAGUGCCAGCUAGCUGUAGGGGCAUGGAAUCUGGGCAGCCAGGCUUAUCCCAACUUUUCAGUGUGGGUCAUAUUUGCCAACUUAGUAAAGUUAAAACUUCUCUACAUCCCAGAAUUUCCAUAACUUUUCACCACCCUGCCUUUCCGACGAUAAUUUAUGCUAUUCUUUUCUGCUCUAUCUUUCCUGGACUACUUUCUCAAGAAGCUGCUGUGGGAGAUUUCAGCACCUCCCUAUCUCCGUUCUCCAUUUCCAUUGCUGGAGGUGUACCUUUACAAAGAACCUGGUUCUUGGAGUGAGUUUUCCUCAUCUGGUGAAUCCCCAGGCAUCAAUUGACCUCUAACCCAAAUACUACCUAUUAAUUCCAUGGAGACUUCCCUGAUACCUCUUAUUGGUAAUAACCUUCCUGGGGCUUCUUAGAGCAGCCUGUGUUGUAUACUCAUUGUUGUUGUCUAAUAGCCCCCUUCUAGACUGUGAGCCCCAUGAGGGCAAGGACUGUAUGCUAUCUGAAAUUUGUAUCUCUCAGCACCUAUCACAGAGCUCUGCACACAGGGAAAAAUCAGUGUUUAUUAAAUUAAUGAAUAGAAAAGAGAAAGAUGGCUGGCAAAAAUACAACAUUUUGUCUUUAA